AUGUGGUCAAUAGUGAUUUUACUAAUUUUAUCAAUUUUAGCCUACGUAGUAACAGAUGAAUUAAUACCUAAGCUUAAAGACUUGUUUAUAAAGGCAGGCCUCUACGGAAUUGACUUGUGUAAAAGCAAUAAUAAGAAAAUACCAGAAGCAAUUGGUGUGGUUUCCGGAUGCAUUUUUUUAGUAACUAGUUUCAUUUUUAUACCAAUUGCAUUCGGAAAUGGGCUGAUGGAAAGAGAAUUGUUUCCACACAAUGAAUUUGCAGAACUGCUGGCAGCACUCCUGUCAAUAUGCUGUAUGUUGCUGUUAGGAUUUGCAGAUGAUGUUCUUGACUUGAAAUGGAGAUAUAAAUUACUUCUCCCAACAGUGGCAUCCUUACCAUUACUUGUUGUAUAUUAUGUAAAUUUUAACUCUACCACUUUUGUGAUACCUAUACCAUUACGACAAUGGCUGGGAUCUUCAAUAAAUAUUGGGUUGCUCUACUAUGUUUACAUGGGCAUGUUAGCUGUUUUCUGCACAAAUGCCAUAAAUAUUUUAGCUGGAAUUAAUGGACUUGAAGUGGGACAAUCAGUUAUUAUAGCUUUGUCAAUUAUAAUAUUUGAUAUUAUAGAAUUAAGAGGAGAUCAAUUUAAAGCUCAUAUGUUUUCAUUAUACAUAAUGACACCCUAUUUAGCAACAACAUUGGCCUUGUUGAAACAUAAUUGGUACCCUUCGAAAGUCUUUGUUGGUGAUACAUUUUGCUACGUAUCUGGAAUGACGUUUGCAGUAGUAGGCAUUCUGAGCCACUUUAGCAAAACUGUAUUAUUAUUCUUUUUACCUCAAGUGAUUAAUUUCCUUUAUUCAGUUCCUCAGUUGUUUCGUAUUAUACCAUGCCCUAGGCAUCGUUUACCCAAGUAUAAUGCUGAGAUGGACUUGCUUGAACCUAGUAGAACUUUAAUUGUGAAGAAAGAAAUGACCAUUAUUAAUAAAGCUUUAGUACAGGUACUAACAAUUUUACAUUUAAUAGAUACAAUUGAGGAUAGUGAGAGUAUAACAAUUAAUAAUAUGACUUUAAUUAAUUUUACUUUGAUAAAAUUAGGUCCAAUGUCUGAAGGUACCUUGACUGCAAAGUUAUUAAUUUUUCAGUGCGUAUGUACUUUGAUAGCUUUUCUAAUACGAUACCCUAUGGCUUCUUAUUUUUAUGAUACCUAA